UCUGAGCCCCGUCACCCUUUAUACAAGAAAGCUGGCGGGCACUAUGGGGAAAAAGCAAAACAACAAGAAAGUGGAGGAGGUGCUAGAAGAAGAGGAAGAAGAAUAUGUGGUGGAAAAAGUUCUCGACCGUCGAGUGGUAAAGGGCAAAGUGGAGUACCUCCUAACGUGGAAGGGGGUCUCAGAUGAGGAAAACACAUGGGAGCCGGAAGAAAACCCGGAUUGCCCCGACCUCAUUGCUGAGUUCCUACGGUCACAGAAAACAGCAUACGAGACAGAUAAAUCAGAGGGAGGCAAGCGCAAAGCUGAUUCUGAUUCGGAAGGUAAGGGGGAGGAGAGCAAACCAAAGAAGCAGAAAAAAGAGUCAGAAAAGCCACGAGGCUUUGCCUGGGGUUUGGAACCGGAGCGGAUUAUUGGAGCUACAGACUCCAGUGGGGAACUCAUGUUCCUGAUGAAAUGCAAAAACUCUGAUGAGGCUGACCUGGACCCUGCCAAGGAAGCCAAUGCCAAGUGCCCACAGGUUGUCAUAUCCUUCUAGGAGGAAAGGCUGACGUGGCAUUCCUACCCCUCGGAGGAUGAUGACAAAAAAGAUGACAAGAAUUAACUCUCCUGAGUACCAGCCCCUGUCACAUCUGACUGUGGGUUUCAAGUGGGGAAAGAAGGAGUUCUACUUAUCUUGACACCAUAGAGGGGGCUUGAGAAGAUGGCCUUUGAAGAGCCAGUAUAGUUUCUGUGCCCUACAGCAGCCCAAGUGCUUUAAAGCCGCUCCAUGCUGUAUAGUUUGCACACCCAUCCCAGUGGAGGGGAAGGAGGGUCAGUGUUUCAAGGCAACCCAUUCUGAACUUUGCUGAGAAAAGCAAAGGGCCUUCUAUGAAGGACAAAACUGGCAGAAUGGGAUGUGGGAGAGCAAAAGAUACUGUAGAUCUUCAAAGAGCAUCUCCACAACCCACAGUCUUCUUCCCAAUAGUGUUAACUCUGCAUUUUUACAGCGUAGCAUAUAUGUAGUUUUUGGCUAUUUCUGGUGUAUUAUCUGGGGUGGGAGGGAUGGUGUGGUAAAGAAGGGAGAUGGGUUAGGAUCAGUUUUGUUAAA